GUCGAGGCCGCUGUAGGCUUCUCUCUCCUUUCAGUUUUGCCUGGCUUCAUGGGUUGAAGGGCACACAGCAUUUUCCACAAGAUCUCAUCUCACCCCGCUGCUCCACUCCUGAGUGCUGCACCCAACCUUCAACAUCUUCAUCCUCUUGAGUGCUAUGGUUUGUUCCCCAGGCAUGUUUGGACUUGCAAUGGCAGAGGCCUCCUUUGAAGGGGGCUGUGACUGGCUGUAGUCGACAACACCAGCGAUCCACCUGCCACAGCGUAAAAGGGGCCCCCUCAGCUGUGAUCUGUCUGCCUGCAGGGGGGUCCCAGCGGCAGGGACUGGGCAGCAGGGACUAUGCAUUUGGGACUGGUGGUGCUGGCAGUGGUCUUCCUCAGCUCCAUGGGUCAUGGCGAUAACCUCAAGGUCUCCAAAGGACGAAGACAGAGACGGAUUAGCACUGAAGUACCACCGUCGUGCUCAAAUGGCUGUGAACACUGCUCGGAGUACAACGGCUGUCUUAAAUGUCGGCCCCGGCUCUUCAUCCUACUGGAGCGGAAUGACAUCCGUCAGAUAGGCGUUUGCCUCGCUGCCUGUCCUGUUGGAUAUUAUGGCAUUCGAAAUAGGGAUAUGAACAAAUGCACACAAUGUAAAAUAGAAAACUGUGAGGCAUGUUUUAGCCGAAAUUUUUGCACAAAAUGUAAGGAGGGCUUGUACUCACACAGAGGGCGGUGUUACUCCAGCUGUCCCGAAGGAUUCAGCACCGUCAACGGCACUAUGGAGUGUGUAGUUCAAUGUGAUCUAAGUGAAUGGAGUUCAUGGGGUCCUUGUAUGAAAAAGAACAAAACAUGUGGCUUUAAAAAAGGUAACCAGACUCGUACCAGGGAGCCCAUACAGCUUCCAAGUCCUGCCACUUCCAGCGGGACCAUUCCUCCCUCGGGCUGUGUCCUGGAGAAACAGAUACAAAGAUGUACCGUACAAAACAAGAUCCCUUGCAAAGGAGAAACUAGGAAGAACUCCCGAACCCGUGAAAAAAAUGGCAAGGACCAUGGCCGGGACUCCAAGGAGAGUGACAAAGGGGGCAACAAGAGAAGAAAGACCCAAAACCCGAAAAAGAAACCACCACCUUCCCCACUUUAACGACAAGCAUGGUGACCUAACCUUAACAUGAUGUCAGGUGGGACAAAGAAUGGAGAACGCCUAGUCAACCCAUAUUGGCUGUAGAAAAACAGUAUUUGAUUGUGAUAAUAUCGAGAUGUAAUGCUGCUACACAUUAAAAAGUGCCUGAUGAGAACUGGAGGAUUGCUGUAAUAAAUAUUGAACUGUGUAAACUGAGUAAAGCUUGAGAGAACCAAAGGAGCUGGGUUGGUUAGUCUCAUGCUAUUGGAAGCACCAGAGAGACUGCGUGUGCAGGGUUGUCUUUUUUGUAAACCUUCCCACAGGAAACAGCAUUGUUUGUGGUUGCCGAAAUUUUCCAUAUGUUCCUUUUUUAGACCUAUCAAAAGGCCUUGGACUCUUCCCAAGCUAUAGAUGACACGGCAAAUGAGGCCCACUGUCCUAACUUUACUUAAGGAAAAAUUUACAAUACAUUAGAAUCCCAUGCGGUUCACCUAAUCCAGCUGUAAUCACAGUCUUUCAAAGUUGGCUCUCUUUAUGUUCGUGACAGGUAGCAAACAGUCUGGAGUCUGUCUGCAAGCAUUUUAUAAAACAGACCUGGAGUGAAAAGUAUUAUAGUGCUCUGUUUUUUUUUUUUUUUCUUUUUCUGUUGUUUAUAACAAAAGAAAGGCACUGGAACAGAAAUUGUGGUUUACAGAGAGAAUGUGGAGAAAGAUGAACUAUUAUCAUGAUUUUUCUUUUCUAUUCAGAAAACUAUCCAAAAAUGCCCUGAAAGUGAUAGUAUAGAGACAAACAUGGCUGGUAGACCAGUUUUAAUUGUUUUAGCGGUCUAUAUACAGUAAAAUAAAUGUCCGUUUUGAUUAGGGGAAAAUAAAUACAGCAUUUUCUGCACAGAACAAGGCAGCAGAAAAAUGAGGAAUGUACAAUAUUGAAGUAUGUGUAUGAGAGAUUGUGUGGGUGUCAGAUUGUAUGUUUAUGAAUCUGAGUCCUUGCGUGUACCUUUACCUGUAUGUUUUAAGGGGCAGAUAAAGAGAGGCAAAAUAUUGUCAAAUUGCAAAUGCUUUGGGUUAUUACUACAUAUAUGUAGCCAUAAAUGUGAGACUGUCAACAGAAGUCUACUAUACACUUCUUUGUGACCUAGCCACUGAGAAACUGCACCAGCAUAAUGCAUAAAAACUGCAACCACCACAAGCCUCCGUAUAUAUUAUUUAUCCAUAUACAGUAGUUAUCAGUUAUCAUGUUUGCAACAAGGUCAAUAUAGCACAUAAGUCAUAAUGCGUAAUGCAACAUACAGUACAGUAUUAUCAGAGGAAAGGCAUCAUACACUUAUUUAAAUGUAGCAACCAGUGACACUUUUUGUAGCUUUUUAGUCUGUUUGCUUUCUACAGCAUUUUGAGCUCAUCAGUGGGUAUCAAACAUUUACACCCCACAUGAGAAAAAAAGACACUGAAAAUGUCAGCCUCCAUUUAUCCUGAUGCAACAUAUACAGUAUAUUGUUAUUAUAUAUACAUAUUUCUAUAAAAGUCUUGCAUACAGUUAAAUGGAAAGGUACAAUUGAAUAAACAUUUGAAAGCAGUUUAUAUUUACAAAGAACUUGAGGCAUCUUUUUUGUUAUGUGUAUUUAUGUGUAUGUUCGUAUUUGUGCAAAAAUGUCACAUUUAAAAUGGGGCGAAUCUAUCUGUAUGUGUAUGUUGUUUUUAUUUUAUUUUAUUUCUUUUUUUUGUUGACAAGACUGAGGUGUGUAAUUUCUGUGUCACUAACACCGCCAAAUACAAUUGCAAAAAUAAACAUUGUUUUCA